AUGCUGCGCACACGCCAAUCGUGCAGGGUACUCACCCAAUUCACCUCUCAAGCUCAUCCACACUGCUGGAAUGUCUGUAUACGGUCGUCCACCACUGUCCAGCGCCGUGCUAUUGGAUCAGUCAGCGCAAUUGACUCUGUAAUAUUUCGGAACUUGUUCGGAACUGAUGAGAUUCGUAAUGUCUUUAGCGACCAAGCGUACAUCAACAGAUGCGUAGACGUGGAGACUGCUCUCGCCCGAGCCCAAGCCCAAUGCAAUGUCAUUCCCGCCGAUGCUGCCACCGACAUCGCCUCCAAAGCCAAUGCCGCGAGUCUUGAUAUGGACCGUCUCCGUAAUGAGACUGAUGUCGUUGGAUACCCAAUUCUUCCGCUUGUUCGUCAGCUAAACGACAUGUGCGGAUCUGCUGGAAAAUACCUACACUGGGGUGCUACUACACAAGAUAUCAUGGACACAGCUAGCGUACUCCAGAUCAAGUCAGGUCUUGAUAUUGUUGAGACCAAGUUGACUGGCGUGAUAAAUGCCCUUCAAGAUUUGGCAGUAACGUAUCGUGAUACGCCCAUGGCUGGGAGGACACAUCUCCAACAUGCACUGCCUGUUACCUUUGGCUACAAAUGCGCCGUCUGGCUCUCGAGCCUCUACCGUCAUCGGGAACGGUUGCAGCAGCUGAAGAGCCGAGCUCUUGUCGUUCAGUAUGGAGGUGCAGCCGGAACCCUGGCUUCGCUUGGUGACGGGCCUGAAGGUGUUGAUGUGAGGAAGCAACUCGCCAGUGAGCUCGGCUUGGAGAACCCAUCGAUUACCUGGCAUGUUGCUCGCGACGGCAUCGCAGAAGUGGCCAAUUUCUUGGCUCUCAUCGGUGGUUCACUCGGCAAAAUCGCCCUGGAUCUCAUCAUCAUGUCCUCCAAUGAACUAGGAGAAGUCGCCGAACCUUUCGUUCCUCACCGCGGCGCUUCGUCCACAAUGCCCCAAAAACGCAACCCAAUCUCUAGCGAAGUCAUCCUCGCUGCAUCAAAAAUCCUCCGCUCCAACGCUAGCCUCAUUUUUGACGCCAUGGUAUCCGACUUUGAACGAGCAUCAGGACCUUGGCACUUGGAGUGGGUAGCCAUACCCGAAAGCUUCGUCAUAGCAGUUGGAGCCCUUCACCAAGCCGAGUUUGCGCUUUCUGGUCUAGUCGUUGACAAAGAGCGCAUGGCAGCAAAUCUUGCUUCUACGAGGGGAUUGAUUGUUGGGGAGGCGUUGAUGAUGGCUUUGGCUAAGCAUGUUGGAAGACAGGAUGCACAUGAUGUUGUGUAUGAGGCUUGUAAGGAGACGAUUGAGAGUAAGGAUGGCAGUACAUUGCUUGAUACGUUGAAGAAGGAUCAGAGAGUGACGAAGUUUCUACCUUUGAGUGAUCUGGAGAGGCUUUGUGAUCCUAUCAACUAUUUGGGCUCGGCUCAAAGGAUGGUAGACGAUACGUUGGCUGACAAUGCGUCAUAA